CUGGAAACAGUGGAGAUUUCCAAGUACUUCGGGGCGGUAGCAGCGGUGGACGACCUGAGUAUUUCCAUACCCAGGCGGGGCGUGACGAGCGUCGUGGGACCCAACGGCUCCGGCAAGUCAACACUGAUCAACUUGCUAAGCGGUACGCUGCCCCUGGAUGGGGGAAUGGUUAUAGUCGACGGGCGGGGUCUGAGAACUAUCCAUGCCUACGAAACGCCCGGCCACAGUAUCACCCGCACCUUCCAGGAAAUCCGGCUUUUUGAUCAGGUUAGCGUCCUGGACAACAUCCUGGUGGUACUGACGACCCGAAAGUUUUGGCCUUCCCUGUUCGAACGCACCAAUCGCAAAUACCGCGAGAGAGCGCAGGAAAUCCUCGAAAAGGUCGGCAUGUGGGAAAAACGGACUUCGCUGGCCAUGGACCUGUCCUACGGCCAACGCAAGCUCCUGGAAAUCGGGAGGGCCAUGGCCCUCAACGUCAACAUCUACCUGUUGGACGAACCCUUCGCCGGCUUGUUUCCUCAAAUGCUGGAGCGAGUGAAGGAUAUUUUGAAAGGGAUGCGGGACGAAGGUCGCACCAUCAUCUUUGUUUCUCACAACAUGGACAUUGUGCGAGAGAUGGCUGAUCAUCUGAUAGUGUUGGACGGCGGAAAGUUGCUUAUAGCCGGCCAGGUUGAGGAUGUCCUUAAUCAGCCGGAGGUAAUUUCUGCCUACCUGGGGGCCUGA